GGGAGAAGUCAGAUGGUGCGAAACGUGCGUAAUGCAGAAUUUACGAAUUAAUGAAUUUCGGCCAGUCGUAGACAUUCCGCAAAUUCUGUUCUGUAAAACCAGAGAGAAGCCUGAGAGUGGCCACGGCCAUAAAGACUCUUGAUAGAAGAUUAUAGAUAGAAAGAACGUCACAGUGUGAACAUUGUUUUUGAUGCAAUUUUAUAAAUUGCGCCAAAGAGAGAUUACAGCUGAUUGCACGGAGUGCAGCGCAAGCUGUGAGUUUGUGCUCGACCGUGCUCCAAAAAUCUCAUCACGUGGUGCGAGAUAAAUGGCUUGAGGUUAAAAUUUUCCAAGAUGUUUGAGGCUGUACGUAAGAUUGAGAAAAGAAGAAAAAAAGUAGCCGAACUGAAAGCGAGGCAGAUUAAAACAAAAUUGGCAAAAAGUAAAACACAAUUUGUAAAGAAACUGAAGAGAAAUCAGUUGUACAAGCCUAAAAAUAUGUCGUCUUGCAAAAUUGUUGCUGACGAUUUAGUUAAUAGUGAAAACAUUGAUGAUGAUGAUGAUGAUGACAAUAAUGAUGAUGACCAGAAACUUUAUUCAACAGAUCAUAGAACCAGUACUGCAAAGAAAGCAGUAACUCCAUCUAAUCUUAAAAAUAAGAGGAAACAAUCAAAUAGUCGUGAAAAUAGUAAUCAUGAAUCUUCUUCCAGUCUUGAACAUGUUACAAUUGAUACUACAGAAUGGGGUACUUUCGAACAAUCAAGCGACGUAGAUGACGAUUGGAAGUUAAUUUUAUCUGAUGAAGACACAGACGAUUGGACGCAGAUUGAUCUGAAAGAAAAGAGAGAUACAAGUGUAUUACCUGUAGUUGACAUGCUUUCAGAAAAUAUUGUUUCGCUAGAACUAUCAUCACAGAUACGUGAAAACGAUCAAACGCCAAAAUUGGCCAAAAAAUUGUCACAUAAGAAAGACGCUCAUAAAGUAAAUAAAACGUCCGAUAAAGAAGAUUCGCGCGUAUUAAAUGUUAAAUCCCAUAAUCGGAGACGCAGGUCUCGUACGCAAGCAAAACCAGAAAAGCGGACAUUUCCCGCACGUUCGAGAUCUGAUGUAAGUGUUGAAGAUGAUAGUAACGUAAUAGAAAAUACUACAGUAGAGAUCAGUUCAUUGGACAGCGAUACAUUAGAAGAUACAAGUUUCAGGAGUACUAAUAAGAAUUCUAUGUACAAAGAUUUGGUCGGAAGUACUCCUAGAAAAAGUCCUACAAAAAGCAGAUCAGCAGGUCGCAAUGAUAAUAUACGAGCGUACAAUCGCACGUAUUCAAAUUCAAACAUACGCUCACUUACACGCAGCUCGAAAGAGCCUGCGGUUUACUGCUUAAAAAAUAUAGUUAUUGUCAUAAUGGAAAAGAACAGCAAGUUCUGGUUUAACGGUAAAUUACUGAUAAAGGUGUUGUACGGCGCUGUGAAUGUCUACGGCUUCGUGCUCGACAGUUCAGGCGGUACCAAAGAGAUGUAUUCUCCGAAGGGAUUCAGUCUUGUCGGUAUUCAAACUAGCGCGGAAAAACCGUCUGAAAAUAAUAUCGAAGAUGUGUGGACGACGCUCGCCGAGAGAGGCAUCACUCGAGAUUCGGAAAGCAAACUGCAGGCCGAUAUCGACGGCGUUCGACCGGGAAGUGUCAUUUUUGUGCUGCAGAACUUCGACAACAAUUUGACGCUCUUUCUGAAGAAUCACUUUCCGUAUGUCAAAUUGUUCCCAGAGAUAAAACAAUCCUAUUAUCAUUCCUGGACGGAUCCCAAGCGAGCGAGAACGGUGCUGCAGACCAACUUAUAUUUUCAGAAGCAUGACAAUUACGAGAAUUUGUUCAAUUAUAAACCGUUGAUUGUCGAUUUCUCUAUCACAAUGAAGACCGCAACAAAGAUGUUGAACCGAUGGCGUGCAAACGAAUGGUCCUGCACGCUGAUCGCCGGUGGCAAAAACGUCGGCAAGUCAACGUUCGCGAAAUGUCUCAUCAACUGUUUGUUGCGCACUUCCGAGAAAGUGGUUCUGGUGGACUUAGAUCCUGGCCAGGCGGAGUGCACGCCGCCCGGUUGCAUCUCGUAUAGUUUGAUCGAAGAACCGUUGCUGGGACCGAAUUUCACGCAUCUAAAGACGCCGGUUUAUCAGCUGUUUCUCGACGACGUGAACAUUUCCCGAUGCGUCACGCGCUACUUGGAGGGCGUCAAGAUGCUAAUCGAACGAUUAAAGUCAUGUCCCGUAUUGUCUCGUUUACCUAUUGUGGUGAACACGAUGGGUUUCACGCAAGACAUCGGUUGGAACAUCAUGAUCUUCACGAUAAAACUGAUCAGACCGUCGAUCAUUUUGCAGUUAUCAUCGAAAAAGGAACAAGAAAAUUUCCCAGAUAAUCUCAAUUCGGAAGUUGUAAAUAAACAGGAAUUCACGUGGGAGUUUUUCGACGAGAAUUUUAUCGAUUGGAACAGACCGUGCGAGCACGAAUUGUGCUUGCUUCGUUCUUGGGCGAAUGAACUUCAAGUGCAGACGAACAAGUGGAGCAUGGAACCGUUUCAACAACGUGAGCUCGUGAUGAUGUCUUAUCUCAGCGAUAUCAUACCAAACAAAGACGAUUCUUUUCACCGCACGGAUCAAGUAGCGUUUAGGAGUAUUAACGAAGUAACACCUUAUUCGGCGCCUUUUUCUUCUUUGUGCGUUAUUCCUCAACGAUUGUUCGGCGUGCCAGCGUCGCACGUCUUGAACAUCAUAAACGGUAAAAUUGUAGCACUGUGCGGUAUAGAUCUAACGGAGGAAUCGUCGCAGGUGUCUGAAGAUGUCCUCAGUCUGCGAGUAUUGACGCAAAGGUCGCCUUUGUGCACAUGCUACGGAUUCGGAAUAAUCCGAGGUGUCGAUGUGGCACGACAGGAAGUGUUCAUAAACACGCCAUUGCCACUAUCGAUGAUGCAGUACGUCAACUGUUUGGCUGGUUGCAUUCCGGUUCCUCCGCCGCUGCUGCAGCUACGUCAGAACGCACCUUAUACUGAUGGAAAUCCAGUCUUACCAUUGAGUCAAGAUCAUCGCAGAAGACACACUCGAAUGAGAUUUCAUAAAAAAACGAAUAAAUGAUAAUUAGAAUAAAAUUGUGUGUAAAUAUAUACAUACCAUACAAUUGUGCACAACAUUACACAGACACACAAUGAUUUGGGAAAUCAAUUUUUCUUAUUUUCCGUGUCUAAAUACGUACUAUAUAUAUUCGAGGGAUAUAACACAUUUUAUAUAGUUGGACUUAUUAUGUUAGAUGUCUUCACCGAACUACCUCAAGAACUUGCUGUUAAUUCAGUAUGAUAUUUGUUGCAAAAGAGGUCAGUAACAAGUGAUAUAACAUAGAAAUGUACAAAUUUAUUAUGUAUACAUCAUUGACACUUAAGAAAGAGAGAUAUGUUUAUGUAUACCUAUAAGGAAAUAAAACUUUUAUAUUGUUUUCUAUAUCUAUAAGAAAAUAACUCGUAUAUCGCUAUAUUUUAAGAUGAAACAAAUAUGACAAGAAUUCGUAAUAAAAAACAUUUGAUCUAAUAAAACGUUUAGAGAUCUAAAUGAGAGUUUUAUCACACAAAACCGAAACGCAUUAAAUUUUGCCUUUUGGACAAAAUUAAAUUACUGCUUCUAAGUUUAGUCUCAUUAUUGUUAUUGUCUCACGUGAUGUUAUUUUUACAAUUCAAUAGAUAAAAAAACAUUCAUAAGUUUCUCUCUCUUUUUAAAGAUGGAUUUCUUCGAACGAUAUUAUUACAAAGUGUUUUUAUGAUGUUAUUUAUACAAGGUGUCUGAAAACUUUUGAUCAAGUCAAAGUAUGAAGUUAGAUUGAAUUAAUCUAAACCGAAAAAUCAUGUUCUAUUUGUUUGCAAGUUAUCGAGGUAUUAAUUAAUAUGUUAUUGAUUAAUACGUGUAAAUAAUUAAUACAUACCUAAUAAAUACCUAAUGCGAUGGUCCGGACCCUUUAGGUGUGUAUAAUUUUCGGUUGUGACAAUCAGCUAAUCACAAGAAGUCGAGUCACACGUCGCUUGCUUGUUUAUUAGGAGAUUGCAUGUGAAGCCAUUUUUUUACAACUAAAAAUCAUACAGAGUCCGAAUUUUUGCUUCCCACGCGCUCACAUUUGUUAAAUAAUUGCAAAUUUUGCAAAGUGGCAAAUGACUUUCUGUUCAGAUUGACUCAAUCUACCUUCACGUCUCGGUUUGGUCAACAUUUUUCAGACACUCUGUAUAAUAUUUUAAUUACAAAUGGAAAGAAAUGGAAAAGAAGCUUAUUG